UGUCUUCUCUAGGAUACAGCUCGUUUCCCUCCUCGUCUCAGUGCUUCUCUCUCUUCCCACUCAAGUGUAUCAGAUCCGGCUCUCCGGCACAACUCUCCGAGGAUGAGUCCUCCAGAAAGCUCCAGCCACUGAUGCCCGUUCCCCAGCUCAUGGCUGCCCAGGACCACUCAACUCUCGUGGGCUUCCCUGGUGCGGACCUGCCCUCUCUAAAGUGGAUCCUCAGCCGAACACAAGCUCAAGCGUGGCUCCUUUAGGUUUAUUCAGACCUCGUCUUUCAGCUUUACCAUCUCACCGAGAACAAGACCUUUAGAGCCGAAGCUUUCAGACUGCUAGAGGAAGCGAGGACAAUCAUAUAUAAAGAUGGAACAGGAGAUUUCAAAAGUGCAGCGCAAGAUGUCGGACCUGGAGUCAGUUUUGCAGCAGAAAGACGUGGAGCUUCAGGCUUCAGAAACCCAGAGGACCAUUUUAGAACAAGACCUGGCCACCUACAUCACAGAGUGCAGUAGUUUGAAGCGCAGUUUGGAGCAGGCCCGCAUGGAGGUGUCGCAGGAGGAUGAUAAAGCUCUGCAGCUGCUGCACGAUAUACGGGAACAGAGCAACAAACUGCAGGAAAUCAAAGAACAGGAGUACCACGCUCAGCUGGAGGAAAUGCGAGUGUCUAUUCGUCAGCUGGAAGAGAACCUGUCCGCUGCUCGCCGUCGCAGUGACCUGUACGAAUCUGAGCUGAAAGAGUCUCGUCAGACCAGCGAGGAGCUCAAGAGGAAGGCUGUGGAAUACCAGCAGAAGAUUCAGAAGGCUAAAGAACAAGGCAAAGCUGAGAUGGAGGAGCUUCUGACCAAAUUACAGAAGACCAAUGCAGAGCAACAAGCAAAGACGGAAGAACUCCAGGAGAAGCUUGCCAAGGCCGUGAAGGCGAGCACCGAAGCCACGGAUCUCCUGCAGAACGUACGUCAUGCUAAAGAGCGUCUGGAGCGAGACCUGGAGCGUCUGCAGACUAAAGAGGACUCCACCGACAGCCUGCGCAGACGCCUGCGAGAGACUGAGGAUGGCAGGAAAACCCUGGAGAACCAGGUGAAGAGACUGGAGAUUGUGGAACGGAGAGAAACUAAACUGAAAGAAGACAUUCAGACCAAGUCACAGCAGAUCCAACAGAUGGCCGAUAAAAUCAUGGAACUGGAAGAGAACUUGCGUGACACGCAAGCAACAGCUCAGCGAAUGGAAGCACACCUGGAACAGAAGGAAAGGCUUUACGAAGACAAGAUCAAGGUGUUAGAGACUCAAAUGAAGGCUGAUUUGGCUGAAAAGGAAUUGCUGGAGUCCAAGCAGAGCGCUUUUGAGGAGGAGGCUCGCGAGCGGGGAAAAGUGAUCAGUGACCAGACAGCGACGAUCAAUGCCAUGGAGUCAAAGAUGACCAAUCUGGAGCAGAGAAUCGCCGAGCUGUCCGAGGCCAACAAACUGGCAGCCAACAGCAGCCUUUACACGCAGAAAAACAUGAAAGCCCAAGAGGAGAUGAUCUCUGAACUCAGGCAGCAGAAGUUCUAUCUGGAAUCUCAGGCUGGAAAACUGGAGGCCCAGAAUGCAAAGCUGGAGGAACAUCUGGAGAAGCUGACUCAACAGGAACAGACUAACAAGAGCAGAGUGCUGGAGCUGGAGGCCAGACUCAGAGAGAUGGGUCUGGAACACGAGGAGCAGAAGCUGGAGAUCAAGCGGCAGGUGUCGGAGCUCACGCUGUCACUGCAGGAGAGAGAAGCUCAGAUCAGCAGCCUGCAGACGGCCCGUCACGCGCUAGAGAUCCAGCUCCAUCAGGCCAAGACCGAGCUGGAGGAGACGACUGCAGAGGCCGAGGAGGAGAUCACCGUCCUCAGGGCCCAUCGGGACGAAAUCCAGCGGAAGUUUGAUGCCCUGCGGGACAGCUGUGCGGUGAUCACGGACCUGGAGGAGCAGUUGACGCAGCUCACGCAGGAAAACGCAGACCUCAACCGACAGAACUUCUACCUGUCCAAACAGCUGGACGAGGCGACGGACGAGAACGAGGAGAGACUGCAGCUCAAGCAGGACCUGGAGCGCCUGCGCCGCGAGGUGGCCGACCGAGAGAUGCACCUCAACAACCAGAAACAGAACAUCGAGACACUGAAGACGACAUGUACAAUGCUGGAGGAGCAGGUGCUGGAGUUGGAGACACUAAACGACGAGCUCCUGGAGAAGGAGAGACAGUGGGAGAACUGGAGAUCUGCCCUGGACGAGGAGAAGAACCAGGCCGAGCGCAGAACCAGAGACAUACAGAGACAGCUGGACAACGAGAAGCAGAACAGACUCCGCGCAGAGCAGCGCAACUCUGAGUCUCGACAGACAGUCGAACUGGCAGUGAAAGAACACAAAGCGGAAAUCCUGGUCCUGCAACAGGCCCUGAAAGACCAGAAACUCAAAGCUGAAGGUCUUUCUGACACCCUGGGCGAUCUGGAGAAGAAACACGCCAUGCUGGAGAUGAACGCGCGCAGCCUGCAGCAGAAGCUGGAGAGCGAACGAGAACUCAAACAGAGGCUCAUGGACGAGCAAGCGAAACUGCAGCAGCAGCUGGACAUGCAGAAGAGCCACAUCUUCAGACUGACUCAAGGACUGCAGGACGCGCUGGACCAGACCGACCUUCUGAAGACUGAGCGAACAGACCUGGAGUACCAGCUGGAAAACAUACAGGCGGCGUAUUCUCACGAGAAGGUCAAGAUGGAGGGGACCAUCACCCAGCAGAGCAAGCUCAUAGACUUCCUGCAGGCCAAGGUAGAGCACCCCUCUAAGAAGAAAAAGGGGCUUUUUGGUGGCCGGCGUCGAGAGGAUCUGUUGGCGGCUCUCGCGGCUCAGGGUCAAACGCAGGCGUCCGCCGUGCCCUCCGGGACCCCUGUUCCCCUGCAGUACAGCGACCUGAAGACCGCGCUGGAGAAAGAGCGGGCCCGCAGCUCAGAGCUUGAAGAAGUGCUGCAGAAAACACGCCUGGAGCUCAGAGAGGUUCAGUUUAAUAAAGCUAUGGAGCACAGCGGUCCUCCAGCUACCCCGGGUCUGGCUCGCCAGCAGCUCAUGAUGUCCACCAAAUCCAACAAGUCCCCUGAGCACCAGCCCAGCCUGAUGUCGUCCAGCUCCGGCCGCAGGAAAGAUGCUGCCAAUCCUGAAGAAAUAAGGAGAGUCACUUCUGAAAAGUACACCAGACGUGUGAAGGACAGGGUCCAUCACAACACUCCUCACCGCUUCACGCAGGGGCUCAACAUGAGGGCGGCCCGCUGCACCGUGUGUCUGGACACAGUCCAUUUUGGACGGCAGGCCGCGACCUGCAUUGAAUGCCAUGCUUUGUGCCACCCGAAAUGCUCCCCGUACCUCCCAGCCACCUGUGGCGUUCCCACCGAGUACGCGCUGCAUCUGUCCGAGGCUCUGUGUCGGGAGAAGGGAAGCUCCUCCGGCCUGAAAGACGCUGGCGGACACAUGAGGCUGGAAGGGUGGCUGAAGCAGCCCAGAAAUGGGAAGCGUGGUCAGGGCUGGGAGAGGAAGUACGUGUUGUUGGAUGGAUAUAAAGUGAUCACGUACGAGACAGAACCAAGAGACGAGUCGGUGAAGGCGCUCGAUGAGUUUGAGUUGUGUCUCUCUGAUGGAGAAGUGACUGUUCAUUCUUCUGUCGGCGCCUCUGAGCUGCCCAACACUGCCAAGACAGAUGUGCCGUACGUGCUGAAGCUGGAGUCGUCUCCUCAGUCGACGUGCUGGCCCGGGCAGACUCUGUACCUCAUGACUUCAGGAUUCUCCGAGAAACAGCGUUGGGUGGCCGUGCUGGAAGCCAUCGUGGCCAGCAGUCGUGGAGCGAGAGAGAAAGCUGAAGCAGAUGCUAAAUUGUUGGGUAACUCUUUACUGAAGCUAGAAGGAGACGACCGUCUGGAUAUCAACUGCACCCUCCCAUUGACUGACCAGAUUGUGUUGGUAGGCUCAGAGGAGGGUCUCUACGCCCUGAACGUGAUUAAAAACUCCCUCACUCACAUCCCGGGACUGGGAUCCGUGUUUCAGAUCCACAUCAUCAAGGACCACGAAAAGCUGCUGAUGAUCGUGGGGGAUGAGCGUGCACUGUGUCUGGUGGAGAUUAAGAAGGUGAAACAGUCUUUGUCCCAGUCUCACCUCCCCACACUGCCAGAGAUUGUGCCGUAUAUCUUUGAGACCGUCAAGGGCUGUCAUCUGUUUGCCACAGGCAGGAUCGAAAAUGGUCCAUGCAUUUGUGCCGCAAUGCCCAAUAAAGUCACCAUUCUGCGAUACAACGACAAUCUGAACAAGUUCUGCAUACGGAAGGAGAUCGAAACUCUCGAGCCGUGCAGCUGUAUCCACUUCACCAGCUACAGCAUCAUCAUUGGUACCAAUAAAUUCUACGAGAUUGAGAUGAAGCAGUGUGUUCUGGAUGAGUUCCUGGACAAGAAUGACGUGUCGCUGGCGUCGGCUGUGUUCACUGGAUCCUCCCAUUGUUUCCCAAUCUCCAUCGUCCAGGUGUCCAGCACUCCGCAGAAGGAAGAAUAUCUGCUCUGCUUCCACGAGAUCGGUGUGUUCGUGGAUGCUUAUGGUCGAAGAAGUCGCCCUGAUGAUCUCAAGUGGAGUCGACUUCCCCUGACAUUCGCUUUCAGAGAGCCGUAUCUGUUUGUGACCAACUUCAACUCGCUGGAUGUGAUUGAGAUUCAGGGACAUGCAGCUCUUGGGCCUCCCAGUUUCGCUCACCUGGACAUUCCUAACCCCCGUUACCUGGGACCGGCCAUAUCGUCUGGCGCCAUCUAUCUGGCCUCGUCCUACCAGAACAAGCUGCGGGUCAUUUGCUGUAAGGGUAGUCUGGUGAGAGAGUCUGGGGAACUGCAAAGGACCGGCUCCAGCAGGAGCAGCCCAAACAAGCGUGGGCCGCCCACGUACAACGAGCACAUCUCCAAACGCCUGGCCUCGGGUCCCGGGGCCCAGGAGGGGCCGCUUCACCGUGAGCCGAGCACUCCUCACCGCUACCGCGAGGGGCGUACCGAGUUCCGGCGGGACAAAUCUCCGGCCCGGCCUCUGGAGCGCGAGAAAUCCCCCGGUCGAGCUGUGCUAGACAGCCGAAGAGAGCGCUCGCCCGGGCGCUUCGAGAGCAGCGGCAGCGAGAGAGACCGAGAGCGCUCGCGGCUUCACACUAGCUCUGUACGCACCCAGCUGACGCCCGUCAACAAGGUUUGGGACCAGUCUUCAGUCUGAGAACGUCCCGGAGGGAUGACGUCCACUUCCAGCGUGGAUUUAACAGGCGCUCCGUAAAACUCUGAACUGUCUCAUCUUCUCAUGCCUGUAACCGUGAACCGAGCCAUGUCGUGUCACUCGAGUCUGGGACGUUGUGCUGCUGAUGUUGUCAAAUCUGUCCACGCUGUAACCAUUCAUGAAGGUCCAUUGUGAACUUGAAGGAGUAUCUCGGGCUCUUUAAUAGCAUUUCCUGGCAUAAUCACAGAAAAUCAUUUUAACUCUUCCAUUACUUUAUUUGGAGUAAAAAUGGUGGUUACAGUAAUACAUUUACAAUGGGACUUUAUGAAGACUCUACAGGCAAAACCCAUGGCUUUGUAACUACUUAUACUGUAGGCUACUAACUAGGAUACUAAAAAUACAUUUGAUAUAGGAAGCAUCCUUAAAAACAAACUGUUCAUCCUGUUCUACUAAAACUAUACUAAACUUGCACGUUUUAUUCAUAUUUAUUUACUGAAGGUAAAUGUUCAUAUAGUAUUUGUAAAACAUGGUGAAAAUAUUGUUGAAAAUCUUACAUGAAUGAAACAAGAAUCUGGCUUUUUCCAGUGUUCGUAUUUCUGUAAUAUUUAAAUAGAUAAUGGCUCUUUUUGCAUAUAUAACCAUGACUUUCAGAAAACAUAAUAAAACACUCCGCCGUCCAUUUGCUGGCUGGGACACUGUGUUAUUUAUUCUUCAUGUAAAUUCUGGUAUCCCACAUUUACUGGCUUUACAUAAUCAUAAGUUAUGUCAUUGGAUAAAUAACUGCACUGUCGAGUUUAGCUUGCAUUAAAAACGUACUUUCAUUGUAUUUUACUGUAACCACCAUUUUAGUUUAGAAAAAAUUAUGAUCUGUGGUAAUCACAAACCACAAAUGCUGUAGAUUUAUAUUGAACCCGAGAUAUUCCUUUAACCCCGUGAUUAGCACAUUGUAAAUAUGGUGAUUUCAACUUUUAUAGCUAAACGGAACUUGACUGAUAAGCAAUGAAGUCUAUUUUUAUGCUAAUUAAACUGUUUCGACAGUUGAAAUGGGUUUCCUACAGAAAAGUACAGAAGAGGUUUAUUCCCUUUGUGUUGUAUGCUAAUGUGGUAAACAGUCAAUUUGGCUGCUCUUGUUUUUUAAGAUAUAUUUGACUGACAUUGUCGAACCUACUGCACAUUGUAUAUUUUUAUGCUAAUAGAGUUUGAGCUUGUAAAUCUUUUCAAGGAGACACGUCAUGUUCUCGCUACAAGUGUCCUUGUGAUGUUCAAGUGAACUUAUCGUAUUUUGUUGGAAAUAACGAAGCUUUCGUCGACACACAGGAGGCUCUUCUGGAAAUGUCUGCUUCCUUUCGCGUUAACGGAUGUCCUGUUGAGCUGUGUGAUGAUGAUGAUGAUGAUGAUGAUAGAAGACCUGUCGUUCCUCAAGCUCAGUUAACGGCAUUUCGAGUUCAUGGGUAAUUGUAACUAAACACCUGAGUGAUCCUAUCAAACGCAUGAUAAAUCUGACUUGGGACGUCCCGUUAUGUACUAACAAACGUUACCUUAUAUUGAUAAUCGAUGUUUUUCAACCUAAGGCUGCUUACCUUGAACUUUCUUUUUUGUAUAAAGAAAUUACACUAUUAAAGUAUGAGCCAUACACUGUA